UGUAACUAGGUUUGUUGGCAUUAGUAGGGCGAAAGCAUUAGAGCAAUAUGGUUAACGUGCGCGCACUCGUACUGUUGCAAAUAUCGAUCAUUUGUACCACAUUUGGUGCAGUAAGAAGACCCACGAGAAUAAAUCUGCGAGAAGGAAGUAGUUGUGAUACGCCCCAGGUGAUCGGUGGAAAGUGUUUGAAUGAAGCUUUGUGUGAUCCAGCUUUUGUACACUCGAUAUCCUAUACGGAUCAUACGCCCGUCUGUCAACAGAAUGCGUUCUAUAAAGUGAUUUGCUGUCAACCAUUUUUCGACUUUUGUCAAAAUAGUAAAAACUUUCAAAUCUGGCACGGCAUUGAGGCGGAACCGGGGCAGUUUCCUCAUCUUGCUCGGUUGGGAUUGAACAGCGACGAAGAUGGGAUUGCGUGGAAGUGCAGUGCAAAUAUUAUAACGGACAGAUUUCUUCUUACCGCUGCUCAUUGUAAACCCGCGGACAUUGCGGGAGUCGAUUGUUCUGAAGCAACGCGAUGUGAGCAACAGAGAGGAGUGAAGAACUUUAUUUCACACUCGAAAUAUAAAAGAUCUCUGAAGUAUCAUGAUAUUGCGUUGGUAGAGCUAGACCAAGUGGUCAACUUUAACAAGCGCGUGCUUCCUAUCUGUCCGUAUACCAGUACGGCCGAUGUACCUGCUAUGGAGGAUAUGACUAUAGCUGGGUGGGGAGCAACACAAAGUCAAAUUCAAUCGCCACAGCUGAUGUACGCUACCGUGCGAACCGUAUCGCACACUGAUUGCCGUGAUCAGUACGCACUGCUUCUCAAGGCAUCACCGAACGCAAAACUUCGCGACGGCAUAAUCGACGAACAGUACUGUGCACAGGGAUCGUUGGUAGAAAACGUUUCAGAAUAUGUUGACGCAUGUAACGGAGAUUCUGGUGGACCGUUGCAAACGGAGCAGUACAGCAACAUCUACUUAAUAGGAGUUAUAUCGACCGGAGUUGGCUGUGGCUCACAAUCGCCUGGAUUAUACACACGUGUUGCGGCCUACUUCGAUUGGAUCAAGGAAACAAUCAACGAAAAGCAAACUGUACAACCGAUUUAG